AUGGUUCCCGGCGCUGCCCAUCCCGCGCUGCUUGCGCUCCUGGCCCUGCUCGGGGCUCUGCUCCCAGGGCCUGGAGGUGCUCAAACAUCAGUGCAGCCUCAAAACGCCAUCACAUCCCGAGGAGCCUCCAUAAUGGUGAACUGCAGUACCUCCUGUGACCAACACACAAUGUUGGGCCUAGAGACUCAGCUGGCCAAGAGGGAAGUAGGCCAUGGGGACAACUGGAAGAUUUUUGAACUGAGUGACGUGCAAAAAGACAGCUUCCCAAUAUGCUACUCAAUCUGUCUCAAUAACCAGUCAUCAGCUUUGAUGAACCUCACCGUAUACUGGUUCCCGGAACGCGUGGAGCUGGCCCCCCUGCCCCGCUGGCAGCCCGUGGGCGAGCACCUCACCCUGCGCUGCAUGGUGUCCGGUGGGGCCCCCCGGGACCACCUCACCGUGGUGCUGCUUCGUGAGGAGAAGGAGCUGGGCCGUCAGCCAGCGGGAAAGGGGGAGCCUGCCGAGGUCAAGGUCACGGUGCCGGCGAGCAGAGAUGACCAUGGCGCCAAUUUCUCUUGCCGCACGGAGCUGGACCUGCGGUCCCAUGGGCUGGGACUGUUCCAGAACAGCUCAGCCCCCAGGAAGCUCCGAACCUUUGUCCUACCAACGACCGACCCGCACCUUGCUACCCACGCGGUACUGGAAGUGGGCACACGGUGCCUGGUGAACUGCACCCUGGGUGGACUGUUCCCAGUCUCGGAGGCGGAGGUCCACCUGGCGCUGGGGGACAGGAGGCUGCAAACCACGAUCACGUACAAUGAUGACUCACUCUUGGCCAAAGCCUUGGUCAAGGGAGAGGUGGAGAAAGAAGGCGUCCAGUACUUGACGUGUGAGGUGAAUCUGGGAGGGCAGAGCCGGAGGUCUCUGAAGAACGUGACCAUCUACAGCUUCCCGGCUCCCAACCUGACCCUGAGCCAGCCCGAGGUCUCGGAAUGGACUACGGUGAACGUGGAGUGCGAGGCCCAGGCUGGAGCUGUGGUGACGCUGAACGGGGCCCCAGCCAGGCCUCCGGGCCCGAGGGCCCAGUUGCAGCUGAAUGCCAGCGCCGAGGACAACGGGCGCAGUUUCUUCUGCUCUGCUGCCCUGGCGGUGGCUGAGCAGGUGGUACACAAGAACCAGACCCGGGAGCUCCGUGUCCUGUAUGGCCCCCGACUAAACGAGAGGGAUUGCCUGGGAAACUGGACAUGGCAGGAAGGCUCCCAGCAGACCCUGAGGUGCCAGGCCUGGGGGAACCCAACCCCCAAGCUGAACUGUAGCCGGAAAGAGGACGGGGCUUUGCUACCCACUGGGGACCUGAGACCCGUCAAGCGGGAGGUGGCAGGCACCUACCAGUGUCGGGCCACCAGCACUCGCGGUGAGGUUACCCGUGAAGUUGUCAUCAAUGUGAUCUACCACCAGAAUAACUUGGCCAUCGUCAUUCCGGUGGCAUCUGUGAUCAUCUUGAGCACUGUGGGCACAGCCGCUUACUUCUAUAACUACCAGAGGAAGAUCCAGAAAUAUGAGCUACAGAAGACCCGGAAGGCCCAGGAAGAGGCUGCCAUGAAACUGACCACACCAGCCACGCCGCCCUGA